UCGGUUCAUAUCAACUUUCCUGGGCUUUUGCUCUUCACAGUGGAAGUGUCAAGUUCACUUCCUCGAGCAGUAUCAGCUGAAAGCAGCGAAGCAGACCUGCACAGCUGAUACUUCAUCUUGCCCAUUCUUCAUAGGAGAUUCUUUUGCGGCUGCCACAUCAAGGAAGAUGGCGCUUGCUUCGGUUCCUGCAGUAGUGCUGGGCUCAAUUGCCUUUGCCAUAUUCUGGAUGCUGGCUGUUUUCCCUGCAGUCCCCUUCCUACCCAUAGGAAGAACUGCCGGAUCUCUUCUCGGCGGCAUGCUCAUGAUCAUCUUCCGGGUCAUCAGCCCCGACCAGGCCUACGCGUCGAUCGACCUCCCCAUCCUCGGCCUCCUCUUCGGCACCAUGGUCGUCAGCAUCUACCUCGAACGAGCCCAGAUGUUCAAGUACCUGGGCAGGCUGCUGUCGUGGAAGAGCAAAGGCGGCCGGGACUUGCUCUGCCGCGUCUGCCUCGUCUCGGCCUUGGCGAGCGCGCUGUUCACCAACGACACCACCUGCAUCGUGCUGACCGAGUUCGUCCUCAAGCUCGCAAGGCAGCACAAGCUUCCAGCCAAGCCAUUUCUCCUGGCGCUGGCGUCCAGCGCCAACAUCGGUUCCAGCGCGACGCCCAUCGGCAACCCGCAGAACCUGGUGAUAGCCGUUCAAAGCAAGAUCUCCUUCGUCAGAUUCUUCGUGGGAGUCGUCCCCGCGAUGCUCCUCGGCGUCGUCAUCAACGUGGUGUUCCUUCUCUGCAUGUUCUGGCGGCAGCUGUCGCCAAAGGAAGGCGAAGAACAGGCGAAGGAAGACGUGGUCACCGAGAACGAAGUGAACUCCCAUACCUUCUCGCCUGCGAGGAUGUCGCACCCGUCUCCCUUGCAGCCCAACCCUUCUCCUCUGAAUCCCCAACACAUGACUCCCGUGAACGACGUCGAGAAGAACACCCCAUGCAGGAACGGCGCCAAGCGAGGCUGCUCCCAAGUUCCCGACAUGAGGAGGUGUUUGACCAAGAAGGAGCUGUUUCUGAAGGGCUUCGUCUACAUCGUCAGUGUUGGCAUGCUGAUAGCGCUGCUCAUGGGACUAAACAUGUCAUGGACUACGAUCACUGCUGCUCUAAUACUUGUGGUGAUCGACUUCAAGGAUGCUGGCCCUUGUCUGGACAAGGUUUCAUAUUCCCUACUGGUGUUCUUCUGUGGGAUGUUCAUCACAGUCGAUGGAUUCAACAGGACAGGAAUACCAAGUGCCUUCUGGGAAUUCAUGGAACCUUACUCCAGAAUAAAUCAUGCGAGUGGCGUAGCAGUGCUCGCCGUGGUCAUACUGCUGCUAUCAAACCUGGCGUCCAAUGUCCCCACUGUGCUGUUGCUGGGAGCUCAGGUGGCGAAAUCCGCGGCGGCGGUGUCGCCGGACUACGAGACGCGGGCAUGGCUGAUCCUGGCGUUCGUGAGCACCGUCGCCGGGAACCUGUCGCUCCUCGGCUCCGCCGCGAACCUCAUCGUGUGCGAGCAGGCGCGGAAGUCGGAGCUCCAUGGCUACAACCUCUCCUUCUGGGCGCACAUCGUCUUCGGCCUCCCAUCGACGCUCAUCGUCACGGCGACCGGCCUCCCCUUGAUCAAGGGUUAGCUUGCGGACGCUACAGCGCCGGAGUCAUGACUGAUGGUGAGCACGUCCUUGUAAACAACGUUGCUUGUGAAUUUAGGCCCUUAUGGUUGUGGAUGAUUUGAUGAACUCCUGUCCAGGAUUGAAAUAAAGCAUGAAAUCAGUGAAUCUAUAGGA